CAACAUGGACGAGACACACAUGCGAAAAUUGAAGAACAUCAUAUUUACCGCACCCAAGAGGUCCACCAUUAAAUGGUCAGAGUUCAAAUUGAAAGCCACUUCCAACGAGAUAGAAUCCACGCAAAAGUUAGUGGCAGAAUUUCUUCAAGUCAUUUCCGGAGGCGAGCCUGCAAAUCUGCUCAAUGAUGUCCUGAGUCCUCCAUCAAAAGACGCCCUUCCAGCUUUGAACCAUUUGGGUGAUGAGAUGGGAGAGAAACGAUUGAGCAAACUGAAUUCAUUGAUCCAGAAAUCCCAGCCAUUGAAGCCAUGGAAUCACUAUAACGGAGGCAAUCGAAAAAUCGCUUUGGAGAUCGAGCUGACCGCCAGGAGGGCCUUGUCCUAUUUAUCAGGGGGCCAGAUCGUGUCCAUGUUGGACGAUGUUUUAUAUCCAAACGAGAAGGAGAUCUUUUGUUUCAAGUAUCGGCAAGCUAUCACCAGACUUGGGGAGACCGUCAAACUGAUCCAUCCUAAAGCCAAAGGCUUGGUGAUGAACACCUUGAAGCAAUCCGGGUUUUCUCUGGAUGAUCUCAAAGCCAUGAAUUGGUCGUUCUCCAAUCAUCUUUGGGAUGUUGGAAGUCAUACACAGAGAGUCACACCAGACCAAUUUGGCCUAUCUGCAGGGUUCCAAACCAUGAAUCUCCGGCCCAAUAUUCACAGGAAAUCUCGGUCUCGAACUUUGACCACAACCACGUUCUCUAGCAGGUCUUCCGAUGGAUCGCAUAUUCCUCUUAAGAGACGAUUAAGACGAUCGCGGUCCAAACCUAUUAGCUCCAAAUCAAGCUCGAUUCAUCCUUUCGCGAUCAGCUCCAGUCAAGGUCGCCAAUUCAUGACCGACAGCCUUUUCGCCAGAGAGAACCUGCGACCAUCUUCGCAGUAUCUGUCCGACUCGGACACACAUUCGGAUGAUGUUUCAAACAUCAGAAACCCCAUGUUCCCCCAAUUAUUAUGAAACGAUUCCAAACUCGACACUGAAACAUUUGAUUUAGA